AUCCGAGUAUUUUCUCGAGAAAGGCUUUCAAAGUUUUCUAGAUCUUUUCUUUUCUCCUCUAGUGGUAGUGGUGGAGUUUGUCAUCAACCAUACUACUUUUCCUUCUUCUCCACCAGACCAGUUUUACAUCUCUAUCUCUGUUCCUCUAUCCGAUUCCGUCCAUGGAUCAAAGCUACGAGUACGACGUAUUCAUCAGUUUCAGAGGUAAGGAUACUCGGAAGACCAUACUCAGCCAUAUCGUUGAACGUUUAGAUCGGGAGAAAAUACGUGCCUAUACAGAUCACAAACUUAAGCCAGGAGAUGUGAUUUCGCCUACUCUUCUCAGAGCGAUUGAGCAAUCCAAACUUGCCAUUGUUAUUUUUUCUGAAGGCUAUGCUUCUUCGGCGUGGUGUUUAGAUGAACUCAAUCACAUUUGCAAAGAGAAAGGUGAAAAUUCAAUUAUACCCUUUUUCUAUAAGAUAGAUCCUUCUCAACCGCGGUGGCAGAAGGGGACGUAUGAAACGGCACUGCACAAACACAGAGAGCGAUUUAAAGACGAUGACAGAGUUGAUCAGUGGACCGAUGCUUUGACAACUGCAGCCAAUUUAUCUGGGAUGGUGUGGAGCAAUUAUCGCUCUGAAGCAGAAUUGAUUGACGACAUUGUUGAGCAUGUUUUGGAUAAAUUGAAGUUGAACCAUACAUCACAUUCAAGUUGUGAUCUUAGUCAGACUGUUGGAAUUCAUGAGCAUAUUAAAUAUAUUGUAUCUCGAUGCGUUGAUAACAAGCCUACUAAAAAUUACCAAAUCAUAGGAAUAUGGGGCAUGUUUGGUAUAGGCAAAACAACCAUUGCUAAGGCUGCUUAUGAUCGACUCAUAUCCCAGUUUGAAGGUCACUACUUUCUUGAAAACGUUAGUGAAAAGGUGAAAACACAAAGAUUGAGUGAUUUGCAAAAUGAGCUCUUUGCUCGGCUUUUAGGAGAAGAAAGCCGAAACUUUGGAACAUCAUCAACUUUUGUCAAAGAAAAGCUUUGUCGAACAAAGGUCCUCAUUGUUCUUGAUGGCGUCGAAAAUGAGAAGCCAUACAAUGAUCUUCUGUCGACAAAAGAUAUUCAGUUUGGUUCUGGAAGUCUAAUAAUUGUGACUUCAAGAAGUGAACAAGUGCUUAAGAAUAUCAAAGCUAGCGAACAAUACCAUGUUAGAGAAUUGAACGAAGCAGAAGCCGAUCAGCUUUUUGAUCUGCAUGCCAUUGAUGAAAGCUCUAGUAUGUCAGAAGAUACAGAGAUGUUGAAAAAGAAGGUAACGGAUUACGCUAGUGGCAUUCCGGAGGCACUUGUAAGUUUGUGUUCCCAUCUUAGUCGUUGCACCACCAUGGGAGAGAAAGAAGAUGUGUUGGAGAAGAUUAGAUUAUAUCCAGACUCGAAUCUUGAAAAUAAGAUGAGAGCUUGUUAUGAUCAACUAGAUGAUGCUGAGAAGAAGAUAUUUCUUGAUAUUGCUUGUUUCUUUACUGACGAGGAUAAAGAUUUUGUUGAGAGAGUACUUAACGGCUGUGAUUUGUUCCCCAAAAUUGGAAUCAAGAAUCUUAUUGCUAACUCUCUUUUAUAUCAAGACCAGAAUAAGCUUCGGAUGAAUAAAUUAUUACAAAGGAUGGGUCGAGAAAUUGUUAAGAAAGAAUCUGAUAAUAUGCUUGAAAAUCGCAGUAGGUUAUGGAAUGCCAAUGAAAUCCGUGACAUACUUCAAAGUGAUAUGGGAACAGCAAAAAUUGAAGGAAUAUUUCUUGACAUGUCGAAUUGUGAUAACGUGGUGUGUGUAAGUCCUACAGCCUUCUCAAAGAUGCGACAUCUGAGAUUAAUCAAGAUUUAUAACUCUAGCUCUAAAGAGUGCAAAGUGAGUCUUCAAGGACUUGAAUCACUUCCCAGUUCACUUAUAUUAGUCUACUGGCAUGCAUACCCUAUGAAAUCAUUGCCAUCAAACUUUGCUCCAAAUCAUCUUGUUGAACUCAGCAUGCCAUAUAGCAAGCUGCAGAAACUUUGGCCACUUGGCCUGGUUCAGCAUCUUGGAAACUUGAAAAAAAUCAAUCUAAGCCACUCAGAGCAAUUGACUCAAAUUUCACAUCUUUUUGAAAACAUCGAGAUUAUUAAUCUUGAAUGUUGUACACGUUUGGUUGAAUUGCCUUUAGUUCCCAAAAUGCUUACUAAGCUUACUUCUCUGAAUCUCAACAAUUGCUCAGCUCUUGGGAAUAUUUUAGCACUUCCAAGAAACAUUAAAAAUCUAGAAAUGAGAAGAUGUGAAAAGCUCAACACUCUUCCAAACAAUAUUGGUGAUUUGAAAGAACUUGAGAGUGUUAACCUUUCGGGUUGUAAUAAGUUGAGCAGAUUCCCAGGAAUUUCGAAACCGAUAAAUCGUUUGACUAAUCUUAUAUUAGAUAGAACAGCACUUGAAGAACUACCACCCUCCAUAAUUAAUCUUCCUCAGCUCCAACUAUUGAGCCUGAAUAUGUGCCGAUUGCUUCAAGUACUCCCUGAAAGCAUCUCAGGCUUAGACUAUCUUGAAAAGCUCAGCAUUUGUCAUUGUUCAAAGCUUAAAUCUUUACCAAAGCUUUCUUCAUCUGUGUCGUGGGUUGAUGCCCGGUUCUGCGAAAAGUUGGAAAAAGUUCCGAGGUCAAAGUUACUCACCGUAACAAGCAAUGACAUUGAUUACACGGAAGGCAAAUUUGCAUUUUAUAAUUGCCCAAACUUGGAUCAAGAAUCUCACGAGAACUUGAUGUUGGAAGCACAACUUCGAAUUCUUCGCAGUGCAGUAAGGACAAGAGAAACUGGACAAAAUAAGUUUCCAGUUGAAGAAAUAUGUUUACCAGGGAAGGAGGUUUCGGAUUGGUUCAGUUAUAAUAACGAGGGAAAUGAAAUAAAUGUUCCGCUCCCCUGGUCUUGGUGUAAUCACAAGUUCUUGGGUUUUGCUUUCUGCGUGGUCGUUGAAUUCUGGGACUCUUCUUGCGAUUCUGAUUUCAAACUCUUGUGCAAAUCUGAGUGCAUAUUCCCUGGUGGAGAAUUCAGCGAUAGAUGGCGUCGCAUUUGGACUUGGCAGUGCAAUUACAGUGAUCCAGAUGAUGACGACGAUGAUAGAAGUGGUAGAGUAAAAUCCAGUCACAUCUUUAUGUUUUAUGAACACGGCAGCCACAAGUACUUUGAUUUCCAGACACAGUCACAGUGUAAUGGAAGCUCAUCCGCCACCGCCAACGAUGGCAGCAGCAGCAGCCGGCAGAGCCACUACUACAAUGGCAGCAGCCCCUCCGCCACAUUUUCUUUCCACCCAGAAGACUACGCAGAAGAGUUUAGCACUUGCCAAGUGAAAUAUUGCGGUGUCAAGCUUCUCUAUGCUGAAGAUGUCCGCCUCGCUCGUCUAGAUCGUAAUAGUAUCAACAGACGACUACGUAGGGAAUCGGAAAUUGUAGAGCAAGAAAUCGUACAAUCUCAGAUGAGCAUUGAUACAAACACAUUAUACGCUGUCCCUGUCCCUUCCAUAAAUACUCAUUACAUUACACAGUUAAGCUCCGUCGACUGCUUUGAGUUUUGCCCCAACUUCGGAGAAAUUUGCGAUUGUGUACUUGGUAAGAGACCUAGGUCUGUCAACGCUCGUUCGUGUGGGUCUUGCAGAGAGAUGAGGAAAAUGAUGCAGGAAGUGCAAGAAGAUAUACGCGAACUGACUUUAAAAAUGGAUACAAUUUCACAAUUUGUAACUCAUCAAAAUCUCAAUAGGGUGUCUGAACCUAUCUCCAUUUGAUUUUUUUUUCUUUUGCAUUCAUUUUGGUCAAUUAAUGUUGGUUUUAGAAGAGCAUAGUUUUAAAUAAAAUUAGAAUGCGGCUAUUAAACUCUUCUUUAGGGAAAUUUACACCGAAUAAGAGCACUUCUAAUAGAUGAGUUAAAA